UGUCGUGGAGGCCCCAUGAGUGCGGCGCCCCUGGUGGGCUACAGUAGCAGCGGCUCGGAGGAUGAGGACGAGGCCGAGGCCGGGGCCCAGGCGCGGCCGGGGACUGGAGGCUGCCGGCGUACCCAGAGCCCCCUUCCCAGCCAGAGGUUGCCGGUACCCGACAGUGUGCUGCACAUGUUCCUAGACACUGAGGAGGAGCCUGAGGAUGACCGGGAAAAACACGGGGGCCGGGUGCGCUCCUUCCCCCAUGAGCGGGGCAACUGGGCCACCCACGUCUAUGUGCCAUAUGAGACCGGGGAGGAGUUCCUGGACCUGCUGGACAUGCUGCUGCCCCACGCCCAGACCUAUGUCCCCCGGCUGGUGCAGAUGGAGGCAUUCCACCUCAGCCUGUCCCAGAGCGUGGUGCUGCGGCAUCACUGGAUCCUCCCGUUCGUGCAGGCUCUGAAAGACCGCAUGGCUUCUUUCCCGCGAUUCUUCUUUACUGCCAACCGGGUAAAGAUUUAUACCAAUCAAGAGAAAACCAGGACCUUUGUCGGGCUCGAGGUCACCUCUGGGCACGCCCAGUUUCUGGACCUGGUCUCGGAGGUAGACAGAGUCAUGGAGGAAUUUGACCUCACCACUUUCUACCAGGACCCUUCAUUCCACGUCAGUCUGGCCUGGUGUGUGGGUGACGCGCGUCUCCCCCUAGAAGGGCGGUGCCUACGGGAACUACAGAACAUCGUGGAUGAGUUUGAAGACCCCGAGAUGGUGCUGCGCGCGCACGCCGAGCAGGUCCGCUGCAAGUCUGGGAACAAGUUCUUCUCGAUGCCUUUGAAGUGAGCACGAGAGACCCUCGGCCCAGGCCCCUCUGCAGGCCAGGCAGAGAUGGAGAAGCCUGCCCCAAGCCCUGGGGAGGCUUUCAGCCUCCCAGUGCACUGGGAGGCCUGGUCUGGAGCGCAGCCACUGCCUGUCCUCCCUGGGGGCUGGUUCAGGCUGGUUCGUGCCUGGCCGGUUUGGGUUGCAAGUCCGGCACUCGGGUGUGUGGUCAUUGUCAGGAAUCACCAGUAGAGGGCAGCCUGGGCUUCCUAGUUCUAGAUCUGUGGUCUGUGGUCAUGCCACACACAAAAGAACGUCAGGGUCACCCCAGCGAGCCCACCCAGACUCAGCCAGCAACCCCACUCUAGCCCCUCCAACAAACUGCCCCUCCCCCACACCCUCCUCCCAUCAGCUCUUUGCAUUUGGAGGCCAUUGGCCUCCAUCGGGGUUCUUUAAACCCUCAUGCCCUGGCUCUUCCCGACUCGCGCUGAACAUACGGUGUUUUAAUGGGUCUGUCACCCUCCCUCCCUGAAGCACAUCGCUUUUAUUUAUUUAUUUUUGGUCUCCCCCUCCAGUGCCAACAGAGGCCAUCUCAGGGCCAAGGUGGAGAGUGCUUAUUU